GCGACCUCGAACGGACACGAUGAGCGAUCCUCAUCGGAAGGACCGAAAGUGGAGCAGCAAGCCUGGCGCGCCGCCAGUGACGACCAUCCCGUCCAUGGCGUCGAUGGCAGAUGCUUUGACGCCCAAGUCGUCUGGUGCUUCGUCGGUUGAAAACACUCCUGCCAUGGAGAAGCAGCUGCAGUACCUUCGUAAACUCGAAGAGCGGAAUCGUAUCAAGAAGAAACUGGACGAGCAAUCCAAGAACGACAAGGACGUCCACGAUAAAGAGAAGGAGGUGGGGUUCACGACCAACUUUAACGGCGAGAAUGCUCAUCGGAAGAACAAGCAUGCGAGGAUGCCGGAGGCCAAAGCGCGGGCCAAGUCGGCUGGCCCGAUGAAAUUGCCGCUGCGGACCGCACCAGUUGCUGCGACACUUCCUCCACAACUUGCCGAUGACAGAGCUGACAGCAAACACCCUCGAUCGGGGUCACACUCCACCGGAACCCUUCCAUUGCACCACACACAGGCUACUAGUACCAGUAGCGGGGGCCGACCUCGACACAAAUGGACCAAACCCGAAGGCGUUGCAGCAGAACGAGAUGGUUGCAUUGUGUUUGCCAUAGCUCCGCAGCUAUCGGGUCAAAGGAUAGAGGGCAACGGUGAUGACAAUCCCGAACCAGAAGACGUCGACGAAGACUACAUGGACGAAUCGUUUGAAGAGUUUGAAGACAACUCGACUGGCGACGAGCACAUGUGGUCAAAAGAGGGCCAACAUUAUCACGGCCGCCAUGACGACGAUGAAGUGAACGAUGUGACGCCGCCACCAACGCUCCAAGCUGUAGUUUUGGCUGAACCAUCGCUGCCAGUAGCAGCAGCAUUAGAAUCCCAGGUUGCCAAUCUGCCUCUAGGCCAAACGACGUUGGAAUUGAACGCUCUGAUCCAAGGGCUCACCCGAGACAAGCAGCGCGAACUUGUUAGUGUGUUGCAGACACUCACCCACAGCUCCAAGCAAACUGCCGACGAUGUCCCAGUGCUACAGCAGCAGUCUGCCAUCGACCCCACAGUGUGGGGCCAACAACUGACGCCGUCCAUGGCAUCAUCCCAGCUCACGUCCAACCAGCGCGCGUGGGAAGCCGAAGUCACGCGGAAACUCGAGUUUGAACGACACGAAAGCAUGCGACUGGUGGCCGAAGCCGAGGCGCGACGCGCCGAGCGCCUCAAGAAACUGCAAGACGAAGAGAUGGAAUUUGAAACGCUCAUGGCCCAGCGACGUCUGGACAUGCAGAAAAAGUGGAUGGACACAACAACAUCCUCGUUCACGACGAAUACUGCAUCCGUAACAGCGUUAACGGCGCCAGUUUCUAUACCAGCUAGUUUGAUGGCUACGAGAAGUACUCAGGAAGAUGUACCAAUCCAGCCGGAAGGUCCCGAACGACCGGUGCCGCCAACCCCCCAAGCGUUUAUGGCUAUGUCCAUUCCGACCGGUAGCCCCCCCAAACCCCAGCCAUCCACGUCGUCGCAUAUUGCGUUGCCAUCCCAAGUGUCCAUGUCGUUAGGACUUCCCCCUGCUGCCCCCACCAUCCCAACAUCGUCGCAGGUCAAACAAAGCACAUCGUCGUCGUUGUCCGUGUCGAAACCACCUCGUUGGAUUGAAGUGCGCAUCAAGUUGCUUUCAUCGUGGGGAAAAUCACGUGUUGUAGGGCUAACCCAGAUAUGCGUGUACGAUAUGGACGGCAACGAACUAGAUGUGCCAUUAGAAUCGCUGCGACUGUUUAGCGGACAAGCCGAAGGACAGCCCAUCCCUAGGUCCAAUAGUAUGGUGCGCGAUCUGACCCGCCUAUUUAAUGGCGUGGCCACCACGACCAGUGAAAGCGACAUGUGGCUCGGCCGGCAAAUCGACGCCCAUCCACUUCAAAUUGCCUUUGGUGUGUAUACACCACCAAACAAACUGUGCAUUUGGAACUAUAACCACAAAUUACAUGUGGCAGCCUGUGUGCGCGACAUUGAAGUGUUUGUCGACAACCAAUGCAAAUGGACGGGGUCGCUGCCGGAAACAUAUGGCUCCGAGGACGAGAAUACAUGUACAUGGAUCAACGUCGCGACUGUGAUGCGAAAGAAACCCAAAGAUAGCAAAAAAACACCCACACCCAGUGCACCAGCCCCACCGAUGGCUGCACCCACCGACCCUCCACGAAGUUCUGGACCAAUUUGGCUUCCCUCGUCCACUUCCGCCUUGUCGGCUUUGCCACCACACAACAAUCUCAAACCAGACGCAUCGUUAACUUCCCUGGCAUCUCAAGCCAAGGUCGAACAUCAUCUGGCUCAUCAUGACAUCAAAGCACUUGACGACGUGCUGUCUACCUCGGUCAAACCAUCAACUAGCCGGCGCCGCAACGCGGGGGAAGCCACCACCCAACACGACCUUGUCCAGCCAAUAUCGCUUCCACCAAAUAGUGUGGUUGGAUCUGCGAUGCCGAGUUUGCAGUCGUCAUGGGAUACACUGGAGCACUUCAAGCGCACAAACCGAAGUCGACUGGAACCUCCCGCCGACAUUGCCUCCACCCCUCGGUCGUUCCCUGCACCUGAUUCAGUUGCACCUACGUUCAGCACAGCCCCGUCCAACACGAAUCGAACUACUGCAGUCCUGACUCGAAGUACUAGCCAGAGCUCGUCCAUGGCGGACCUACUUCGACCGGCCACUCUCCCUACUUACCCACCUACGACCAAGAUUCCGAUCUUACCCACAGGUCGCAAGCUCGUGAUGGAGUGCCUGAGCACAUGGGGCGAUCCAUAUUAUAUUGGAUUGAAUGGAUUGGAUGUGUUUGAUGACCGCGGACAAGCUGUGAAGGUGGCGUCUCCACAGGACCAAGUGACGGCUGUGCCGGCUAGCAUCAAUAUCCUGCCUGAAUAUGCUACCGCAAAAGCACGGGAUCCUCGUGUAGCUGCAAACAUUGUGGAUGGAGUCAACUACACGUGCGACGACUUGCACAUGUGGCUCGCGCCGUUCACACCGCACCAAGUGCACUCUGUCACAGUCGAGUUUAAUACUAUGGUCACGAUUUCGUUGCUUCGGGUGUGGAACUACAACAAAUCCCGCGCGCAUAGCUUUCGGGGAGUCAAGCUUGUGCGGGUGUUGCUGGACGGUCAAGAGAUAUUUCAAGGCGAGAUCCGCCAAGCACCGGGGAUUUUGGGCGCGGUGGACCAGUGCUGCGAAGUGAUUUUGUUUACGACCGACGAGUCAUUGCUUUCAAUGAUCGAGCAAGUGGACGACGAUCCCACCGUGGACGUGACGUCCGCCGUCGUGCAUGACAUUCAGUCGAUUCCAAGGCCCUCCACAGCAGAAGAGCGUAACAACCAACGGCCCAAUACAGCCUACGCCCCGGUCUCAGCGUCUCCACCGUCCAUGCAACCGAAAGAUUGUGAUGGCGUGCAGCAGCAUCCACCACCGGCAUGCGACAUGGUGCAGCAGAAACAGAAACAGCAGCCAACCAAAGGAUUCAGAGGCCGAACCCUGCAACUCGUUGUGCUCUCUACGUGGGGCGAUCGGCAUUAUGUCGGACUCACGGGGAUAUCUCUGUGGGUGUUGCCGCAGGACGGCAGUAGUAAAGAGCCCACUGGCCUAUCGUUAACGCCACACCAACUCGAUGCCACGCCUCGCGACUUGCAAUCGUUGGGCUACACAGGGGACCCACGGACGCUGGACAAGUUGGUCGAUGGAGUGAACGUCACGUGCGACGACACUCAUAUGUGGCUAGUUCCGUUUGAAGGAGGAAAAGCCGAAGUUCGCGUGCAUUUGGCCACCGAAACCGCCGUGUACGGGUUGGACGUGUGGAACUACAACAAGAGCGCCGAAGACACGUAUCGGGGUGUCAAGUCGGCAAUCGUUUUGAUCGACAACGUCGUGGUGGCGACGGUGGCACUGCGGAAAGCUCCUGGCCAUGCAUUGUUUGACUUUAAGCAGUCGAUUGUGUUGGGCGAGUGGGCACUGUAUCGCAGUUUGAGUACAUCCAGUGGGGUGUCGAGUACCUACAAGACCCACGUUCUCAAGCAAGAUUAUGAGCCACCGUUGCUUCCUUCGGGCUUUCUAUUCAAAUUUGUGCUGUGGAGUACGUGGGGCGACCCGUACUAUGUUGGACUGAACGGUAUCGAGUUGUACGACACUCGUGGAGACAAACUCCCACCGCCUACGUUGGUAGCCGCCCUUCCCACCGGUCUGGCCGAUGUCCAAGUGAAGCAGGAUAUUCGAGUGGUGCAGAAUCUAUUCCAAGGAAUCAACAACACGUGGGAUGCAGCCGAGGCCUGGCUUGCCCCGCUGGCGUCGUCGCUCGGACAAUGCGAUGGCAACGUUGUGUUUGCUAUGUUUGACACGCCCGUGACAGUGUCGAUGAUCAAGAUCUACAACUACAGCAAAACACCGGAUCGCGGCGCGAGGGAAAUUGAGAUUUAUGUGGAUGACCUCAAAGUGUACAUGGGGUCACUGCGGCAGGCGCCACCGUCGCCGGGGGUCACGCGCCUCGGCAAGGUCCAGCAAGGGGUCGAGUUUGGGCAGCCCAUCUUGUUUACCUUGAAUCCUGCCCAAGUCGAGCACGAGAAACGAAAGGUCGUGUAUUGCGGCAGCGAAGACCAAGACGUGCUGUGCAUCAACGAAGGCCAAGUCGUGAUCGAAUCCAAAGCAAUGCACCGCGCCCCCGACCCAGGCGCGGAAGGCGUCGUGGUGGACUUGGACAAACGACCGACCACGGCAAUGUGUCGAACGUAGUCGGGUCGUGUAGCGAUUAAUAGGUAUUCAUACCUGGUACUGUUAAUAAUAGUAGUACUAUUAAUAGUAGUAUACCAAGUUCUUUUUGGUUAGG